AUGGAUUUUAACGUUAGCUUUGACUACGGCGCGUACCCAACUGGACUCCCCUACAACACGAGUUUAGACUACGACGACUACUACCAAGAACCUGACGCGAGCAAAAUCAUCAUCCCGUCUAUCUAUGCGUUAGUUUGCUGCAUAGGACUCACCGGCAACGCCAUGGUCAUCUACGUAAUCCUCAAAUACGCCAAAAUGAAGACUGCUACCAAUAUUUACAUCCUUAACUUAGCCAUAGCCGAUGAGCUUUUUAUGCUAAGUGUGCCGUUUCUCGCUACGUCGGCUGCCGUACGCCACUGGCCGUUUGGCUCGCUGAUGUGCAGGCUAGUUCUAAGCGUCGACGGAAUCAAUAUGUUUACAUCCAUUUUUUGCCUUACCGUGUUAAGUGUGGACCGCUACAUCGCAGUCGUUCACCCCAUAAAGGCUGCACGCUACCGUAGGCCGACCGUAGCCAAAGUCGUGAACGUGUGCGUCUGGGGCCUGUCGCUAAUCGUGAUACUGCCAAUUAUUAUCUUCGCCGACACCGUUCCUGCUCAAGAUGGCGGCGUCGAUUGUAACUUUUUGUGGCCUGAAGCAGCGUGGUCAGAGGCCUUCGUCGUGUACACCUUCUUGCUCGGAUUUUUGCUUCCGGUUGGAGCGAUCUGCCUUUGCUAUUGCUUAAUGGUAGCCAGGAUGCGAGCCGUCGGGCUAAAAGCGGGCUGGCUACAACGUCGAAGAUCUGAGAAGAAGAUCACGAGGAUGGUUCUUCUUGUCGUAGCAGUUUUCGUCCUCUGCUGGAUGCCGUUUUACAUCGUCCAACUGAUUAGCGUGUUUCACCGGCCACCAGACCCAAUGAUAACGCAGCUUUUUGUUAUCCUCAGCUACGCUAACAGUGGAGCUAACCCCAUCCUUUACGGUUUUGUGUCAGACAAUUUCCGGAGGUCGUUCCAGCGCAUCGUCUGUUUCCGCUGGCUGGAGAACGGCCUGGAUGCGGAGCAGGUGGACUACUGCGCUGUGGCGGUAAAAAAGCCAGCGACCUGCAGUCCGCUGGAUUUCCCAAAGGACUACCUGGCGUCUGAGAUGGUUUUCCGCAAUGGGACCUACACCUCACGCACAACAACUGUGUGA